GUCACUACUACUGCUGCUGCUGCUAUACCAUCUUAACUCAACUGUUCAGCAAAAUGUCUGCCAAGAACGAGUUCCUUUGCAUCCUCCCGGACAAGCCCGACGCAUUGGCCAGAAGACUGGAAGUGCGCGCACAACAUCUUGCAAAUGUCACCCCUCUUGUUGAGUCCGGAAAGGUUGUCCUGGGCGGAGCCAUGCUCGACCAGCACCCGAAACCAGACGACUCCGUCUCCUUCAAGGGCAGUGUUAUGAUAUACGUCGCAGAGAGCAAGGAGGAGGUCGAAGAGUUGGUGAAGAAUGAUAUUUACACCAAGUCUGAUGUAUGGGACCUAGAGAAGGCUCAAAUCAUUCCGUUCAAGUCUGCUGCUCGCUUGGCUUUGUAGAUCUCUCUCCCAUAGUUGACGAAUGCAAUGACAUCGUUGAUCCCCGUGACAAUAUGUUGAAUGGUUCCUUUUGACGGAUUGUAGUAUACCACUGAAACCCUUUGUGCAUGACAGCUGAUAAAUUUUUAGGUUCGAAUCGACAUACUCGAGUCGCGCUUCUCCACAACCCUCCCGUGGUAGUUAGGC